AUGGCCCGAACCAAGCAAACAGCGAGAAAGUCCACCGGAGGAAAAGCGCCUCGUAAACAGCUGGCUACUAAGGCAGCUCGAAAGAGCGCUCCUGCUACUGGUGGCGUGAAAAAAAACCGCACCGUUACAGGCCAGGAACAGUGGCCCUCAGAGAGAUCCGUCGUUAUCAGAAGUCCACCGAGUUGCUGAUUCGCAAGUUACCGUUUCAGCGUCUUGUUCGAGAAAUCGCUCAGGAUUUCAAGACCGACUUGCGCUUUCAAAGCUCAGCCGUGCUGGCUCUUCAAGAGGCUAGCGAAGCCUACCUGGUCGGUCUUUUCGAGGACACCAACCUUUGCGCCAUUCACGCUAAACGUGUCACCAUCAUGCCUAAAGAUAUCCAGUUGGCUCGUAGGAUCCGGGGCGAACGUGCAUAA